AUGGUUUGUUCGCGGGUUUGGAAUGGCGGGGUCAACUGGAAGUUUAGGAGGAGGAAGCUGGAUGUGUGGGGUGAUGGCGAGCCUCCGUCAGCGUUGAAGAAGGAAUCAAGGACGAGGGAGAGGUCGUACGGAAGGAAGGAGGAGCUGAUCUUUGCGGAGGCUCCGAUCGAGCAAUUGAAGAUUUCACUGGUGGCAGUUUCGGCCAUAGGGAAGGUGCGGCCAGAGACGAUACUAGAAUCCCGCUCGUCGCGAGAGGAGAAGAAGGUGAGGGGCGAUCAGGUUGUCCUGCUGGAGAGAGUGGGGACAACGGCAGCUUUAGAAGGGUGGUUGGUGUACUCCCUUGCUGCGACCGUCGAAGAGAAAUAG